AUGUUCGUGUUCUUCCCACUCGAAGAUAUCGCCGUCGCAGGGCACGCGUAUGGCUGGUAUACUCCUGAACGGCCUCUGCUUGUCGUUGCUGGUGUUCUACCUGCUUCUUGGACCGUCGAAGAGGCCGAAGCUCAGCUUAGACAUCUCAAAUGCACUCGCGAUGCAGCGUCGUUGUACACAUCCCUCCAGAGACUGGGAAGCAACGCUUUAGCAUCACGUCUGAGCGAGGACCAUAAGCCGCGUUUGAGUUUGGUGGAAAGAGUGCAGUCUGAACGCGACGAAGUCCGUUUCAUCAUGUACAGACGCUCUCAGAUGGGAUAUGCUGCUAUGCGUCUAUCUCAGACUGCCCCCACAUUUCCGGGAGUAUUGAACGAUGUGACCCUCAAUGAGCUUAAUGCGUGCUACAAGAUCCACGAACGACUGACACCGGUAUCGUCAUGGCGAACUCAGGAGGCUCUCCCGCGUCUGCAUGCUUGGCUUUCAGCCCACAUGGGCUCCUGGCAGCUUCAUGACUCAUCAUUCACGCGUCAUUCACAGCUAGUCGACCAGAUUCGCGCUCGAUCGGUCGUAUUCUCCGACAUGUUAUCGUCCUCCGACCCUUAUGCGCUCGAGAGUCCAAGUGCGUGGGCGAGCCAGCAUAAAUUCAGCAAUGGUCUGUGGCUGAUAUUAAACGAUCUCGUCAUGGGUGUCAUACUUGGUCGAUUCGCGAUCUACCAGAGUGAUAUGCUGGGAGCUGUCCUUGGCUCAGCUUACAUGAAAAAUGGCGUAGAUUUUGUCCGCAGUGCCCUCUUGUGGUUGGACUCAUGGCCCGCGGGGUUGAAGCUCAAUACGGAACUCAGUCGUUUCUUGUGCAAAGGAUUGCUGACUAUUGCCGAUACCUGGUCUGAUUGCCUCGGGUGUCUUCUCCCCUACCUACCCCUGAUCAUACGUGUUGCGGGUUAUGCCGCAUACGGCGGCCUCACUCUGGCCUUAUCUUUGGCCCUCGAUCUCUUGCGCAUCUUCACUUUGCCGGCUACAAUAUGCCAUCUGAUCCUGACAUCAGUACUCGCAUUUGAGACGCGCACUCUAGGAUCCCUUUGGAACCUGUUUCGCGGCAAGCGAUACAAUGCCCUGCGAGGACAUGUGGACACGUACUCUUACGAAGUCGACCAGCUGCUUCUUGGGACAUUACUCUUCACGCUUCUGACGUUCUCGUUCCCUACAGUAGCAGUAUAUACCGCGCUAUUUGCUAUACUGAAUACCCUCAUCAUGGUGUUAGUGUCGACCGGAGGCGUCCUUCUCUACGCGAUGAACGAGUUCCCGCUAUUCGCGCUCUUAUUACGCAUCAAGGACCCGCGCCGACUGCCCGGUGCUAUCUGGCUGCGACCUACAUCCGGAGGACUAAUACUCGAGGUAGAGGUUGAGCAUGCUAGCAUCUGGGCGCUCUUACCAAAAGUCUUUGAACGGAAGGGUCGCUGA